AUGGCGCGCCUCAAACGCCCAGCUCCAGAUUAUGGCGUCGAUGACGGCGACACCAAUACCUCUGGCAAGAGGAGACGGACAACAAGUGACGAGUCAUCUUUUCCUCGUGGGACUUCGAGCGAUCGACUCGAUGGCGCCGAGGCCAGUACCCCACCGUCAGAUUUCGGUUCCUACCAAGAAGACUACGACAAAGACGACGACGACGACGAUGACGACGACGAAGAAGAAGAAGAGGAGGGUGAAGAAGGAGAUGAGGAUGAGGACGAGGACGGGGAUGACGAGGCUGUUCUUGCAGCCAUCGAGGCCAGAAGCAGAGAUGAUGAUCACAACAAGCCCGCAGAUUACGGCAUUUUAGAGGGGGUACACCUGAAAAACUUCAUGUCACAUGAAGAUAUGAGUUGCGAGUUUGGCCCGUGCAUCAAUUUCAUCUGCGGCAAAAAUGGGAGUGGAAAGAGUGCCAUCCUUACGGCCAUCGUCCUGUGUCUAGGAGGGAAAGCUGCAGCGACUAAUCGAGGUGCCCGCCUGCAGGAUUUCAUCAGGGAAGGAACAGACAACGCCACCAUCAUCUGCAGGCUCAAGAACCAGGGUGAGAAUGCAUACAUGCCCGACGUGUAUGGGAAGACAAUUCAAGUCGAACGCCAUAUCUCACGCAGUGGUGUUAGUGGAUUCAAGUUGAAAUCGGACAAAGGCCGUAUCGUUUCCACCCGGAAGUCUGACCUGGAAGAAAUCUGUGAUCAUAUGAUGUUGCAGAUCGAAAACCCCAUGGCUAUCCUCUCGCAGGACCAGGCGCGCCAGUUCAUUGCCACCUCGAGUCCGGCCGAGAAGUACAAAUAUUUUCUGAUGGGCGUUCAACUUGAACAGCUUGACCAGGACUACCGAGUCAUCGAAGAACAGCUCGAUAAUAUUAGUGCAAAAAUCGCCGACAGAGCCCCUGACCUGAAGGUCUUAAAGGGGAAAGCGAGCAGCGCGGCAAAUAAGCUUACACUAUCCAACAGAUAUGAGGCUAUGAAUGACAAGGUGCGAACGUAUCGCGAAAAGCUGGCUUGGGCUCAGGUCGCGGAAAAGGAGGCCUUGCGAGACGAAUAUGUCGCAACGCUUGCAGAGGCGGACGCCAAGAUCGCUGCUUAUGAGGCGCGGAUGGCAGCGCACGAUGCUGCUUAUGAUGAAGCCGCUGGAGCUUUAGCCGCCGCGCAGGAGAGGCAUGAGGCGGCGAAAUCAAACGUUGAACGCCUGGAAGGGGAACAGAAAGAGCUGAAGGCACAACACGACAAUCUGAAGAAGAACCAUUCAGAAGUGGCGGCAGAUCAACGACAAAUCCGUGGCGCCAUGGCCAAUGUUGAUAGAACCAUCAAACAGACGAAAGCAGAUAUAAAAAAGGAAGAGCAAAGGUUGGCCGAGCUCGAUGGGGGAGGAGCUGCUCGCCGCAUCAGAGAGCUUGAGGAGGCCAAAGAAGCACUUGAAAAGGCCCAAGACGAGUUACAGGUACACUUGGACGGAAGAGGACUACUCGCUGCAGACAUUGAGGCAAUGGCAAGACUUGAGCACGAAGCUCGAGAAGCAAAGAGGAAUGAGGACCAGAGAGUCGUCGACUUGGACAACAACCUCAAGCGCCUGAUGGAGAACCGCGACUCCCAAGACCUUGCUUUUCAUCCCAAAAUACACGAACUCCUGCGAGCUUUGCACGCGGAAAAGGGGUUUCGGGACCCUCCCGUGGGGCCCCUCGGAAAACAUAUCAAAUUGUUGAAACCGGAGUGGUCGUCAAUUUUGGAAAAAACGUUCGGUAAAUCACUUGCGGCAUUCAUAGUGAGCAACAAGGAGGACGAACAUCUAUUGACUAGCAUCAUGCGACAGACCCGGUGUGUUCUGCCUAUCGUCAUCGCAAACAAACUUCCGCUGAACAUCGAGCCACACCUGCCCGAUCCGCAGUUCGACACCAUCUUAAGUGUGCUGGAAAUCGACAACGAGGCGGUCAAGAAACAGCUCAUUAUAGCUCACCAGAUUGAGCAGACCAUCCUCAUUCCAGACAUGACCGAAGCCUCAAAAAUCCUCUUUUCGGGGCGGCCGUUGCGCAAUGUUAGACGAUGCUAUUGCUUCCAACCAGGCGACAAAACCAAAGGAGCUUCCUUGUUUUAUCGAAAAGGCAAGUCAGCGCAAGACCCAGUGCACGAAUAUAUUGGCCCUCCGAGGAUGAGGACAAACAGCGACGAAGCGAUUCAGCAACAGCAACAAGUACUUGCUGACUGCAAAAAACAACGUCUUCGUGCAGAUCAGGAAUACCGCAGUGCUCAGGACCGCCUUGCCAGAGCAAGACAGGCUGUCGUGCGACAUGGGGCCACAAAGCGAGAACUCGAGAUCGCCGUACAGAGAGCGGAAGACGUCGUCCAUCGGUUGCAGGAGGCUACCGAGGACGACAGCGCCGAAGGUGGCACGUUGGAGGCCUUGCACGAGGCAUUGCGCGAGGCUGAGGAUCAAAAGAGUAUCCACGCGAGCUCUUUCGGAGACUCAGUCCGUGCUCUUGACGAGCUAUCGCGCAAACUGCGCGAAGCAACCGAGAGCUGCAAAGAACUCGAUGAGCGCCUCAGAGAAGCUCGCGCUGUCGUCGUUAGGGAGCGGACAACUGUGCAGAGGGCGGAGAAGGAACGUGCCACAGCGUUGGCUCUCAAGAAUAGAGACACGACUGCGAUCACGACCGCCAGAGCUGACCGUGCUCACCUAGAAAGGGCAGGGCAAAACUGGGAUAAAAUCAUUGCAGAGUCCACAAAAGAGGCCAGGCUAAUAUGCGAGCGGGUCAGCCUCGCCGAAGGCGAGACCGCCGAAGUGCUUAAGAAAAAGCACGAAAGGCUCAAGGCAGAUUACGACAAAUAUCAAGACCUGGUUGGUGAUCGAAACGCCAUUGCCGCCGAGGCAUCGAAAUGUGCGAAGGCAUACGAGGCCGCCCAGAAGGAACUGGCUUCAUUGGAAUCUCUACAAGCGCAAUUCACAAUGACACUGGCAGACCGGCGAAAGAGGUGGAUGGAAUUCCGGGGCCAUAUUACUGCGCGAGCCAGGGGUAGCUUCAUCCUUAAGCUCAGCGAGAGAGGGUUCCGUGGAAGGCUCAUUGUUGAUCAUAAAAGGAAGCAUGUGGACACCACCGUCGAACCUGAUAUCACGAGACGCAACGGGACCGGGCGCAGCGCAAAGACUCUGUCUGGCGGCGAGAAGUCAUUCACCCAGAUCUGUCUGUUGCUCUCGAUUUGGGACGCAAUGGGUGUCCCGAUCCGAUGUCUCGACGAGUUUGACGUAUUCAUGGAUGCGGUCAACAGGACCACCAGCGUCCAGCUACUGAUAGAUGGAGCACGCCAAAGCAGUGGCUCGCAGUUCCUUCUUAUUAGCCCUGGUAAUAAGUCGGAUAUCCAGAGGGCUCCGGAUAUCUGCAUUAUUGAGAUCGCUCCCCCAGAGAGGGGCCAAACGAGGCUCGUCCUUCCUCGGACGUGA